GAUAUCGUUUGUCUUGUAUUUAUCGAGGGCGACUCAUCCGAGUUCCAUUUCAACGCCAUCCGUUCGCAAUUCCUUCACGUCUAUAUUCUUGUCCACGCCGAAACCGUUGCUGGUCAACGUGCGUGGCGGCUAUGUUGUUUAGUAUUGAAGUGGUGCGGCACAAGAACGUACCUGAAUUUGGACCCCAUAUACCCAGUCCUCCUCUUUUUUAUAACAAGGAGGAGUUGAAACGAUUUUUGACCGUCAAAUGUAAGAGUUUUUAGUGCCACAGAGCAAUGGAAUAUCUCUUCAAACGGAAAUUGAGCAGAAUAGGGAUAUGGAUGUAGUGGUUAAUGCUGAAAAUGCAGCAUUGAAAUCGGAUAAAUUCCGUAUACCAAAUACAAAAGCACGCAGUAGUAUGUUUAGAACAUUGAUGCAAACGGGUUUGGAAGCCAGUCAAACAGCGCAAUCUUUCCGUUCCAGUCGUUUAGCUAGCGACGGUAAUCUCGUCGUCAAAAGCAACUUUUACCAGACGGAGCGACCCAAAUCGGCCGGUGCGCAACGAUCGCGAAGCAGUUUGCGCAAUUUACGUGCUGCACAUGAAGGAUCGGUACGAUGUGCCACGCCGGACAUGGGUCCUAUGCCUGUCAGUUCACGCUCCAGUAUACUGCGCGAUUUGAAAAGCUUGGCAAAACACCGAAUCAGUCAUGGUCCCAGUCUCACACGCCCAUCGCCACCUGCAGAUGAUAACUCCAGUCAGGGCUCUACGAGCAGUGAUGAAAAAGACAGAGGAUCCAGUAAACUGAACGGGUGUAAGAAAGAUAAGAGUACUUGCAAAUCCAAACCGGAAACCCAUAGUAUACGAUCUCGCGCCCAGAGCCUGAUGUCCAGUGUCAUGGGACGUCGCAGCCAGAGCAAUCACGCUGUGUCUUCCGCAGCCUCCUCGCUGCGACCCUCCACCAACAUUCCACGGUCGAGAACCUUUAUGAACGGUCAACGCCAUGAUUUUAAAGAAGACGACAGUUUACAUCCUUGCUCAUGAAUUGUUGAAUGUAUGGUUGAAUAACCACCGUAUACCCCCAUUGACCGUGAACGUGAUUAUAUUAUGAAUCACUGCCAUGAACCUUCUUUAUCUGUUUAUCCAUUAUUAUUAAUGCCUGUUGCUUGACGAUUAAAGUGUUUUGUAAUGCCUCGCUGUGGUGGAAACCCAAUCAAAGCGACUUGGCUUACAUUUACAGAUGCUAUGUUGUACGUAAUAUCCAUUUCUGCGGCGAUACAGUAUGAUUCCGGUGGCCCAAACAGGUAUAUGCUUUUUGCUCGGACUUUAUGAAAUAGGCGGCGGACGAAAAGUUUUCUCACUGAGUGAACCAUCAAUGAUUGAUUCUCUAAAGAAAGAAAAUACAUGGUAUGGUAAUGU